CGCGGCGGGAGCCGGGUGGGUGCUGGAGCCGCAGGUCGGUGGCCGGCGGCGCAAUGGCGCAAGAGGAGGGUCCGCGCUCAGCCGCGUCUCCGGGUUCUCCGACACUUUUAAAUGCUCUGCUGCAGAACCUCUACGACUUUGGAGAGACCAAAGGUGAAACAGAACAGAAGUGGACCAGAAAGAACAGAAAUAAGAAGAUAGAUGUGGGGCCAUCAGUGCCCUUGGCAACAGAGCCAGCUCCUUCACCUGGUUUUCUCCUAAGAGGCCAGAGGAAGAGUGCCUCCAGCUUCUUCCAAAAGCUCAGAGAAGAGCUGCACCGUGCACCUGCUGGCACCCCGGCAAGUCUCCCAUAUGGACCAGAAGUCCCUGCUACUACGAUAUCUUCCUCUUCCCUAAAGAAUAACAGGGAACAAAUAGAAGUGGUAGAAUUUCAUAGCAGCAAAAAAAAAAGAAAACUGAAGCCAGAUCAAGAAGAGAGCCUAAAAACUAAAGCUAGCAUUUCUAAGAAAGAUGUGGAUGUACAAGAAUUUAACCUAGAAAAGGCUCGUUUGGAAGUACACCGGUUUGGGAUCACGGGUUAUGGAAAAGGAAAGGAAAGAGUCCUGGAACAGGAACGUGCCAUAAUGCUGGGAGCUAAGCCUCCCAAAAGUAGUUAUGUCAAUUACAAGGUUUUACAGGAGCAAAUCAAAGAAAAAAAGGCAGCAAAGGAAGAGGAAAAGAGAAUGGCUCACGAAACAGAUAUUUUUAAAAAAAAGAAGAGGAAAGGACUGCAAGACAAGAAACCCAAAAAGAAGAAGUCAGCUCCCAGCAUUUUGUCAAGUGAACCAACUGGACAGGUUGGAAAAUUCAAAAACGGGACGUUGAUUCUGAGCCCACUUGAUAUAAAGAAAAUAAAUUCUUCCAGAGUGGCUAAAUGAAGUACUCUAUAAAAUAAAAGAGGAAUGAGGACAGCCAAGUCAGCUGUGCUGCAGCUGGGACCGUGGGAGACUUGUACACUCGAGGACUCUUACUUUAUAGUUCACAGCUGCCUUUUUUGUUUUGGAAAAAAAAUCAAAGCCAAGCGUUAGUUUCACUGCGGCUGACCACAUUGGGCCGGGUGCAGUGUGGAUCUAAAGUGAACUGGCUGAAAAGCCUUUUAGUCUCCUCCAGCAGCAUCACUUCAAUUUCCUGUUCAUGGGAUUUCAUGCAUUUGGUUGUAACACAAUUUUUCACGGUUUUACUGUUUUGUAAAUGCUAGUAAUUUAUAUUAAAUUGCCUUUUAUUAUUUUUAA